CACAGACAACAGAUAUGAAGAGCAGUGUGCCACCGCCGUUUUCGAAAGCCGUUUUCCGACCGGACUCACUCACGCAGCGACCCACUGUCUUGUCCGGUUCUCACGUUGCCGCCCGAGAAGUGCCAUUUUCGGCUUGGGAUCGUCACGACGACUGCCCUCACAUAAAUAAGAAAAAUCUAAAAGGGUGAAAGUCUCCUCUCGUCAAACGGAUAUGCAGCAGGUCAACGAGCCUCAUCCGCUGUUCGGGGGUGCUUUCUCGGCCGCCCUCCCUCACAGCGCCGCGGACGUGAGCCAGCUGCGGGAGAUUCCGGACAAUCAGGAGGCGUUCGUUCACCCCAACACUGACCAGAGCCUUAUCGUGGAGCUGGUCGAAUACCAAGGCCACGUUGCGGACCAGGACGCGGCCCGAUACCACUUUGAGGACAUCGCAGGCAACAAUGCCGCUUCGCAGCCUGGUGCGCACGAAAUCAUCAGCGUGAUCGCCUUGCCCAAUUCGUCUCUCUCCCUGUCGGCGUGCAACUCUGCCUGGGUGCUGACUGGGAUCCAGUGCGUUUCCAAAUACAACGAGACGGCGAGGAACCGGGUGAUGCUCCACCUCGGGGUAUUCCGACUGCCACAGUUCGGAACCGACGUGCUGGUGACGUUCAACGACCCGCAAAGCAUCUGCCCGGACAGCAGCAGCAUUCCCGCAGCCGUUGAACCCGGCAUUUUGCCGUGGACUCCCGACGACUUCCAGCAACUGCUGCAGUCCCUAACACUACACAACCCAGAGCUGUUUGGUUAAAACCUGGACAGUGGAACAUUUUACAAACCAUUUAAUUUGUAUCUGCGGACUGUCCAAAAUGAUAAAUUCUAAUUUGCUCGAAAAUAAAAUGAGUAUUUCAUUAUUUGAUAUUCGAGGUGCAACUAUGAAUCGACAACUAAUCGAUUAGCAAAUUAAUCAACAACUACUUUGAUAACCAAUUAAUCGUUUAUAAGACCUGCUUGACCUUAAAUAUGUUGUCUAAAUUCUAACUUACGUAUAACUUCUCAGUCGUAAAUAUGAUCAGAUUUCUUCAUUAUAUUUUUGUUAAUUCCCAAAGUGGGACAUGAACAAAAAUCUGUUUUUGGGAAAACAAUUCACAAUUUUGCCAAUUUUCGGACAUCUUACGCUCUAAACCAGCCUCUUCAUUAGGCUGCAACAACUAAUCGAUUAAUAAAUUAGUUACCAACGAAUUUGAUAAUUGAUACAGUUGUAGACUACAGUUAAGUCAGGAAGCUGUAAUAAAAUAUUUUUUUA